GCUAUUUGGCCGAUAAGCACAAACCCCAGGUGGAUUUUUCUCGCGAUUUUGUGUCGCCAUCGCCAGAUCGCCAUCGGCUGCUCGAUUGUGCGUCUGACAAAUUGGAGAGUCCCAGUGGAGGAGCUGCUGUUUGUCAGUUUCCCGGGGAUCAGUGCUUUCUUUUCCUCUCUUUCGCGAUGAAUGCGACCGCGGUGAGGUCAUUGAGGUAGACCUUGAUUUCUUUAUGUGUUUCUAAUCGAUCUAAUCGAUCUAAUCGAUCCAUCCCACAAAGAAUCUAGAGGAGGCGGGGGAGGGUUUUUCCCUUUUAGUGCUGUCUAGUGUUCCAAUGAGUGAUUCCCCGACUGUAGCGAGCGAGGGAGUUUGAGCGAAUAGUUCUUCUUCCUUCUCUGUGCCUUUCUCGCUUCUAAUCUUUCUUUUCUUUGCUGGUGUCUUGUGUGUUCUUGGCGUCCGUGCAUGGACCGAAGUUUUUGAUCCACUGCUCUUUCGUACAAGAAAGUCUAAUGUGACUUGUCGCCACUGGCUGGCUCAGUGGCACACUCCUCUGGCCAGUCUGUAUGGGACGGAGUUUUUGUUUUGCUCCACCACCACCGUCGCCACCACCAUCGCCGCCACCUCUGCCAUUGCCGCCAGUGGCAGCAGGAUGAGUUCCUUGGUGGCGAGAGAUCACAAGGUGCUGGUGAAAGCUGGAAGACCAGCUUCCUCCUCUUCUCGUUACUGGAGAUCCCCUCUCGCCUGGUUCUACAGCAUUUCCUCUUGGAGAUCCAGGCUUCUUCUCGGGAUCUCGAUGCUGAUUUUGAUCUUCUUGGUUAUCAGCCGGUCGAUAGCGAUUGUGAGUUGGGACCAAGACGAGGCGAAUUUUCUUCUCGUCUCGAGGCACCAUCGCUACACGGUUCUCAUCAACACAUGGAAGCGCUACGAUCUCCUGCGAAAAUCCGUGGCCCACUACGCAUCGUGCCGCGGCGUGGAUGCGAUCCGGGUGGUGUGGAGCGAGAGCGAGCCGCCCUCGGAGUCGCUGCUAGCGGCGCUGGAAAAAUCCAUCCGCGCCGCCAAGAACAACCCCGAGCUGGAGCUCCGGAUUGACAUCAACGACGAGGACAACCUCAACAACAGAUUCAAGCCGCUCGACGGCGUCACCACCGACGGGAUCUUCUCCAUCGACGACGACGUUCUGGUCCCUUGCACGACUCUGGAGUUAUCUUUCCGGGUGUGGCUGAGCGCUCCUGAUAGCAUGGUCGGUUUCGUGCCACGGAUGCACUGGGCACGAUUGAAGAACAACUGGAAGCAAAUCUCGCCAACUUUCCGGCCGGAGCAGCCGACUUUUACGUAUGGAGGCUGGUGGUCCGUUUGGUGGAUGGGGACCUACAGCAUGGUUCUUACGAAAGCGGCAUUUCUCCAUCACAAGUAUCUCGAGUACUACACGCUCCAAAUGCCCGCUUCCAUACGGGAGUAUGUCGCAAACCAGAGGAACUGCGAGGACAUUGCCAUGUCUUUCAUGGUCGCGAACUUGACAAACGCUCCUCCGAUCUGGGUGAAAGGAAAACUCUACGAGAUUGGAUCGAGCGGGAUCAGCAGCUUGAAAGGCCACGAUGUCCAUCGCACGGUGUGCGUGAAUUUUCUAGCAGCUCGCUACGGCUACAUGCCGCUCGUGUCAAGCAAUGUCAAAGCCGUGGGCGCAAACUUGCAGUGGUUUUGGUGAGAAUCGAGAAAACUUUGAGAAA